GCACCGUGAGAUCUAAACGACGACUAGCUUCGGAUCUCCGGGUAAGAUCCUUGUGUCCGUGUUUCCACUUUUCUUUUCCUGCACUUUCUCGGCACCCAAACACCCAUUGGAGGGUCGGUGUUGUGUGAUUCAUCUCAAUAGAAUUCAUAUCCUGAUCAGGAUCUGGUAUAAUCGGCAUGGGUUUCUUGGUAACAACGUUAAUUUUCGUUGUGAUUGGAAUAAUCGCGGCCCUUUGUACUAGAAUUUGCUGCAAUAGAGGACCUUCUACUAAUUUGUUUCACCUUACAUUGGUUAUCACUGCAACAGUAUGUUGCUGGAUGAUGUGGGCGAUUGUAUAUCUGGCACAGAUGAAACCACUCAUAGUACCGGUGCUGAGCGAGGGCGAAUAAAUUUAUACAUGAAAGGUAUUUUUUUUCAUAAAUUAGAAAAUGUGGUUCACAGAAGGGCUGCUGGAGAGAACAUGUUCUCGUUAUUGUGAAUUAUGAGUAUCUUCCAAGAUUGGGUUCAUGUGUAUUUCUUGCUGGACGGUGGAGUUUCAAUAUGCAUUAUUGCAUCAUAUUAGUUCCUCUCCUAAAAUUGUUGUAAUUGAUCCUUAUUCAUUUUGAGAAUUCUGUAGACAAAGUUGCUGAGGUAUGUAUUUUUGUUUAAUAAGUUGAUGGAAGAAUAUCUCCUUCAAGAAUAAAAAAUGUCAAAGUUUAGAUAAAAGAAGCUAUGAAAAGGAGAGUUUUAUAUUGUUAUGCA